GUCGAGAAGAGGUAAACAAAUGGACGGAAACAGGCUUACUUCAGAGUGUAUAGCACAGUACAGAUGAAGACUGGCUUCCCCACCGGCGCUUUUUUAACGCAUCCUUCCAGAACGCCACAUCCUUUUCUCUUCUCAUUCCGAUAUUUCCGCCCCACUGAACUACCAUAUUUCAAGUUGCAGUACGACGUUGCGGUGCUCUCGAGUUAACUUCUUACGGUGCACCAAUGUUAUGUUCCUUUUCUCACACCCUCCCUCACCCCACACCCCCUGAUCCAUUCUUUAACAAGGCCCACGACCCUGGGCGCGGAUCGGCACCGAGGCGGGACUGGCCUGCGUGAAAGAAGGUAAGAAGGUGGUGGUCCUGAUUGCGCUGUUGCAGCCCUAGUACACGGUCCAGAGGGGACGAAUACUCCAGCGCAGAAUAGUGCAGCACUUUAGUAUAGUACGUACAUAUCUCUCACACAGUUAAUUCUGUCCUAUCCAGCCGCGGUCUGUGCGAAGGCCGUGCAAUUCCGCUUGCAUCUUUGGAGUGACUGUGGAGACGCAUAUAUGUUCUGUAGAUGUCCGGCAGGCUGGGCUGCACAGAGAAGCAAGGGAAAAUCAGUCCAGAGCGGAAGAGAGAUAUACGUGCGAUUGCUGACGUUGACGGAUCCCCCUGCAACACCUUGACACCUCUCGCCGCUCGCAAGCUGUUGCUGCGAAUGUGAAUGCGAUUGAAGUCUUGCGCUGCUGUCAUUGCUGCUUGUGGACGAUCACUUCGGCCGACGAGAACAUAGAACGGGACUGAGGAGGAUACGCUCGCUACAACUACUUUUCAAGGCAGGGCCUUGACCCUCGAGCUACAGGCUACAACUUCGACUCACUCCUCACCUCUCCUCCCUACAACAACGUUUAUCAUGGACUUCCCCGCGCACCUUCUCGUGCGCCAGGCCGCCGAGACGCCGCCGGUGAUGGAUUUCACGGAGAACAAUGGAUCCCAGAUCAUGGCUGUGGUGGGAUUCCUGAUGGGCUUCGGGAUGCUAGUUGUGGUGCUGAGGGUGUAUGUGAGAAUAUUUAUGACGAAGACGAUGGGAUGGGAUGAUUAUCUCAUGGUUGUUGCCCAGUCAUUCAGUGUCGCAAUAAUGGUAUGCAUGUUCUUCGAAGUCAGUAAGGGCGUGGGCAGGCAUAGUGCCGACCCCAUAUACCUACAAAACAUGUCAGAGAUCAUCAAGAUAAGCUUCGUUCGGAGCCUAUUUCUUGUCUCAGGGAUCAGUCUCGUCAAAAUAUCCGUAGGGCUGUUUCUACUCCGCAUCGUUGAGGGGACAAUUUAUAAACGGAUUAUCAUUGGGACCAUUGUCUUCCUCGUCAUCUUCACGCUCGCUUGCAUUGGCACGCUCAUAUUCCAGUGUAUCCCCGUCAGCGCCGCCUGGGACUUCGCCCAACGACCUCCGCCAUUUGGGACUGGGAAUGCAACAUGCUACAGCAUUUCCGUAUUCACCGCCAUAGGUCUAUUCAACGGCUCUGUCAACAUCGCCACAGACGUCGCCUUCGCUCUUCUCCCCAUUCCCAUCAUCUGGAAACUCAACGUCAACAUCCGCACGAAAAUCACGCUGAUCUUAAUUCUCAGCCUGGGUUUCAUGGCCUGCGCCGCAGCCAUCGUGCGCGAGGUCCUCCUCUCUACCUUUUUCGAACAGACGGACGAAAACUUCCACAACGCCUACGCGCUUUGGAACUACGCCGAGCUAUGCGUCGGCAUCAUUGCCGCCUGCCUUCCUGCGCUGCGCCCGCUCUUCGCCUUCCUCCUCGACAAGGCCAGCUCGACCUUCGCAUCGGGCCAGCCGGGACUUAGCACGAGACAUAAGUACUAUAUGCAGAGUAACGACAUCAAUCUCUCGGCGGUAGGGAAGAAGGGGGGUGAUAGUGAGACCCCGCGAGGGGACGGGCGGUACGGCGUGAGCGUUACUAGUAACGGAAGGGACUUUUAUGAGGAGCGCAUGCCGAGGAGGCCCAUGGGGAAGCUGGAGCAGAGCUUGACCGAGGGGGAGGGCGAUAGCGAUGAGAAUAUUUUGCCGAUCCAGGAUGUGGAGAGACACGCCAAUAAUCGCAUCGUCAAGACUACGGAGGUGCUUGUUACUUGAGCGAGGGGCUAUUCCUUUUGGAGGAGGCGGAUUGUAUCAUAGCUGCUACAGUGUUAUUCUCUUAUUUACGUGUAUAUGUCUGCCUUUUUUCCGUGCUUGUUUUUAUUUUCCUCUUCUUUUCGAAGACGGCGAUUUGGGUCGGGUUGGCAGGGAGAAACGGAUUUGGAAUGUUUUUUACUUCAUACCCACAAUUGUUUGCGAAAGAGAGAAAGGGGAUGGGCAAGACUGAGGCCCAGGAUGUAGACAGUACCUAAAAAUGGUGCUAGUGAUGACAGUGAUGAAACAGGGAAAUAGGAC